UCUACCCCACACAGCGCAGCUUUCGGCACGGGGCGUGGGUAUCUCGCUGCAGUCCAAUCGCCUGGAACGCUACUGACUACAGCUCGCUCAGUGCCUGUUCUGAGCUCAAAAUGGGACUCGAAAAGGAAAAAUCAGAAACAAGUGUCAUUAUGAGUGAAGAUGAGUUCAGUCGAUCAAUUGAUCCUUUUCUGGCCAAAAAGGAGAAAGCAAUCUCGUCAGGUCCGGAUCGAGAUCCGCAUCAAAUUAACGAGCACCUAAAGGUUGGGUUUGACGAUGUCAUCGGUGAACCAAGCAGCACUCACAGUUUUGACAAAGUGUGGAUCGGAAGUCACGCUGUGUUUGAGUUGGUUAAAUAUGCCUUCUAUCGACUACUGACCACGCUGCUUGCUAUUCCAAUGUCUUUCGUUGCCGGAAUUCUCUUCGCAAUCCUCAGCUGUAUACAUAUUUGGAUUGUGAUUCCAGCGGUACAAGGCUGUAUGAUGGUCUUGCCCUCAGUCCAAACCAUCUGGAGGAGUUUGAUGGACACCUUUAUUGCUCCUCUCUUCCACAGCAUGGGCAGGUGUCUGUCCACCAUUAACGUCAAACCCACAUACAACUGAAAUGAGGAUGGCCCACAGGAACACAGAAAGUAACUUUGUUUUGUCAUUUGUGACCAAAUCUGUUCUUUUCAUUCCUUUGUUUUGAUGCAGGAUGUUUUAUUUUAGUUUUACAAAGUCAAAUGUAAUUGUGGCAGCAAUCAUGUAGCAGUCGAGUUAGAAAUGUUAUUUAUGUGCAGUACAAUACUGAAUAGCUUUUACUUCUUUGAUAUAUUCGUAUGGCUGAAAUAUAGGGUGUUUUGAAUAUGACAUGAAGAGCAUACAUUACCAUAUUAUAUCUGAAUGAAUAUAUGCAGCACAUUGCUUACUAUCUGCAGGCCAGUUUUGAAGGUUAAGAUAUUUUCAUACUACUGUAUUGCACCUGAAGUUCUUUAAAAAAUAUUAUUUUAUUUAAACUGCAUUGCAUUUAAUUUGAUGAAACAUUGUUAUUAUAUGAGUUUUAAAAGUGGUAUAUAACAUAGUGGUAUAUCAAUUAUGAGGCUAAUGACUGAAGAGUAAUUUAAUGGAAGUGUUUUAUGGAUGAAAAUGUGUGGUUUUUGGUAUAUUUUCAUAUAAUGUAUCGGGUGAGUAAUUUAUUAUUUAUGCUAUUAUAUCUUUCAUGCUGUUUAUUCUGUUUGUCCACCUUUCAUUGAUACUCAUUUUCUAAGUGAAAUGUGGAUCAACCAGAUGUUCUGUAAAACUAAACAUCUCUCUUUUUUGUGUUAACUGUUAUCUUUCUCAUAUAAUAUUUGACUUUUGCCAGUGCCUCUCUGUGAUGUAUUCUGAUGUUUUGUUUCAACUGUUUUGAACAUGGCUGCAGGCCAGGAACAUGCCUUGAGAAUAUUUAACAGAAUAAUCCUAAAACAUACCAGAUAAAUUAUCCAUAAAUAUAAGUUAUGUACCUAGUGAAAAAGAUACUGAAAAAGAUAUAUUGUUCAUGAAUUUUACUGUAUAUUGUUAUGUAUAAACCAGGUUAAUGAUUUUCAUAACAAUGUAUAAUCAACUGUGUUGAUAAAAGUUAAAAUUUUACAUGUUUCCAAUGAAUUUAUUAGAAAACAUCAUUGGCUUUGAAUAGGUACAUUGAUAUCCAUUGCUGUGCAAUCCGGUGUAAAGAUUUCUAAUUGAUGGGAAGUUUUUGUGAAAGUGUAUAUUUGGACCUAAUAACUAAUAUAUUGUCCAAGGUGGAAAUUUGCGGUGCAUUGUCUUGGCCAAAUAAAGGGUUAAUUUUA